CACUUUGAUUCAUUUCAUUUUCCGAAUUCUGAGCAUAUAUGCAAGCUACUCUCCUGGCUUCGGCGUUUUGAUUCAAUCCCAGAUCUCUUCGUUCCUCGCCGGUUUCAUGUUGCUUUCCUGAAUCGCUCUGAUCUCAAGGCUUCAUCGGUUGGUUUGCCGUUCUGUUUCUCGCCCUUCGCCGGCACUUGGUGGAUCUUCGAUCUAGGCGAUGGUUGUCUGCAAAUGCCGCAAGGCAACCAGGCUUUAUUGCUUUGUCCACAAAGUUCCUGUCUGCGGAGAAUGCAUAUGUUUCUCGGAACAUCAAAUCUGUGUGGUGAAAAAAUACUCUGAUUGGGUUGUUGAUGGGGAAUAUGGCUGGCCACCAACUUGCUCUUUUUGCAAUGCUUCAUUGGAAGAAGGAAAGGAUCAAACUACACGAUUGGGUUGCUUGCAUCUUAUUCACACGAGUUGCUUGGUCUCACAUAUUAAAAGCUUCCUACCUCAAACUGCACCCACAGGAUAUGUCUGCCCCACAUGUUCUACCCCUAUAUGGCCUCCUAUAAGUAUCAAAGAUACAGGAUCUUGUUUGCACUCCAAGCUUAAGGAAGCAAUAAUUCAAAGUGGCUUGGAGAAAAAUGUAUUUGGAAAUCAUGCGGUUUCACCUCCUGCAUUAGAGCACCGAGUUCCUCCUCCUGCUUUUACUUCUGAUCCACUGGUUCGCACAUCUGUGGCUGAAGAGAAAGACAAAAGUGGAGCAACUUCAGUUUAUUCUGAUAAGGAUUCAAGACCAACAAUAUCAUCACCAACUACAGAUGACAAGUACUUAGACGAAGUAUAUAAUUCUAUUGUUGGAGUGGGUUCUUCCAAGGUUACUGAAUCUGAGAUUGUUGAAGUUGAUGGUCCGAAUGGUUUAGAACACCAAUUGAUGAAAGAUCAAGAGCCCUGUCUAGUGAAAACUCCAGGAGCUACUACUAGGAAGCUAACUUACAAUGAUAGGAAGUAUUCUGAAUCAUCGUACCAUGCAGAUGAUGAAGAUGGAACAAACAAAAAGUACACAAGACGAGGUCCCUUUCGCAACAAGUUUCUAAGGAUGUUGCUACCUUUCUGGUCAAAUGCAUUGCCUACUCUACCAGUAACUGCACCAGCGCCACGUAAUGGUGCACAUGAAGGAAAAGUGCGACAUCAAAAGUCUUCAAGGAUGGACACCAGGAAAAUAUUACUCAUUAUAGCAAUCAUGGCAUGCAUGGCAACAAUGGGAAUAUUGUACUACAGAUUGGCACAGGACAGUCUAGAUGAAAGCACACAAGAAGAUGACCUCCAGUAGGUACUGUCUUUCAUUCUUCGAUAGCAGUUUGUAUCAUGGUGCUUUAUAGUAUCAAAUGCCAAUUUCUUGUUCUUACUGUGCACACCUGUCGUAUGAAUUCUUGAGGCACGACAGGCAUUCAGAAAGAGCAGUGUGUUGUUGAAGUAUUACUGCACUAAAUGUUAAUUCAUGUACCUGUCUCAUUAAUCAUGUCCAACAAAGACAUCCUUUUAUUUUA